AUGGUCGUAAUGACUCUGAUAAUAUUUUAUGACAGUUUUGAUUACCCAGGUGAUACAUUAAUACCAGGUAUGAAGCUUGUUAGGAACAAAAUCACAGGUUUUAAUUGGCAUCUUACACCCUGGAAAAGCCCCCAGGAUCCUUCUCAAGGACAUUAUCCAUAUCAACUUGGUCCUUAUGGGUACCAUGAAUUAAUUCUGAGGGAGGGUUCUGUUAUAAAAUAUCGGACUGCACCAUGGAAUGGAAUCCAAUUUAGUGGGAUGCAUAAUUUAAAUCCAACAUAUGAUUUUGUGUUGGAUAAUGAUGAUGAAGGAUAUUAUGGUUAUAAACUUCUCAACAGCUCAACUCUUUUCAGGCUGGCGUUAACUCAAGAUGGAUUUGGGCUGUGCUACAUCGGGAGUGAUGGAAACCAAGGUUGGGUCGUUUAUCUAAUAGCAACGACUGAUAUCUGUGACAAAUAUGGAAUAUGUGGUCCGAAUGGUGCAUGUAGUAUUGAAAAGUCCCCAAGCCAACUGAAUUGCAGUGGAGACAUCUUUAAGAAGUACUCUGGGGUGAAAUUGCCAAGUACAGAACAAUCCUGGUAUAACACAAGUAUGAACCUCAAGGAAUGUGAGAUGAUGUGCAUGAACAACUGCUCCUGCACCGCUUUUUCAAAUUUGGAUAUCCGAGAUGGAGGAAGGGGGUGCUUGCUGUGGUUCAGCGAUCUGGUUGAUAUAAGAUAUUCCAAUAUAAGUGGGCAAGGGCUUCGUCAGAACUUAGAUCAUAGUAACCAGUACUGUGUUGUCUACUGGACUGCUGAUCCUGGGCCUUACCCUGCUAUUACAGUGAGGAAAAACCAGCAACAAAAAUAUGGAGAACUGAAGCCCGGCCAAAAGGAAGAUAUGGAAUUGCCAUUAUUUAACUUGGCCGCUGUUGUUUGUGCAACCAAAAAUUUUUCAAACAACAAUAAACUUGGAGAAGGUGGUUUCGGAUCAGUCUUUAAGGCAAGGAUGCUAUACACAGAAGGCAGGUCCAUUGAAGUGCUUGAUACAUCAGUAGGGGACUCCAGUGAGAUCAAUUCAUGUAGGUCUUUUAAGUGUGCAGCGUAA